AUGUCGAUUAAACUGAGCAUUUGCAUAGUGCUGUUAGCGGUUCUAUGCUGCUACACACAGGGCACAUUUGCCAAACAGCAGCAGCAACAAGGCGCUUUAGAGAGUGUCAACAGCAAUUUGUCCGAAAAUAACAAUGAAGCUGAGAACUAUAUUGGUGCACAGUCGAAACUUGAAACAGUGCUGAGGAAAGCAACCGAGGACGAUGAUGAUGAAGAUGAUGAUGAUGUUGAUGGCAGCCGUCGGCGUCGUCGCGGUAGACGUGGCGGCAAGCGCCGCAAUAGGAGACGUCGUGCCGGCAGACGUGGCAGAAGAAGGGGACGUCGCGGUGGUAGACGUCGUGGACGCAAAGGUGGCAGGAGAAAUCGCAGAAAUAGAGGAUAA